UUAAACAUGGCGGCGUUUUCCACAAAUUUGACAUAAAACAAUCCAAUAUUUUAAUAUUUAUCGCAAUUUUUUCAAUUCAUAUUCACUACUUUACUAAGAAAUAAUGGCCACGGAAAAUGCAGAAGAGUCUGGAGGAAAAUGGAUGCCUGGUGACAAGGCCAUCACGGUAGAUUUUAACAAAUUUAAGAAAUUUGUUUGCAUUCAUCACCCGGCCGUGGUUGAAAAUGUCGAAAAGGCUUUUGAAACAGUUGGAGGGUUAAAAUCACUAGCAAAGACAUGUAAUAACCAAGCAAAGAGACUGGAAUUAAAAUGGCGUCCCGAUGAUAAUUACUGUAAACCCGCGUAUGGUAAUAGAAUCAGUAAAGAUUGUUUGGUGAUGAAAGUCAGGAGAAGACGAAGAAAACGAGUGGGUGGAGGAGAAGAAGGAAUUGAUGAUGAAGACGUCCAGUAUAAAGUUGAAGUUUUAGGAAUGACAGAUAUUUUCUAUGAAUUUAAAAAUCUUGUAGAUUUCCAAUAUUUACCAACAAUACAACCAGCAGAUGGUCCUCCAUACAGCAUUCUCGACAAACUUAAAAUAACAAACUUUAUCCCUCAACAAGAUUAUUUAUAUCGUGAAGUACCAUUAUUCAUGCCGCCAGUCAUUAUGUCUAGAAUGGAUGUUCCCAUGGAAUAUAUGUUCCGACAGAAUCAAUUCCACAAAGAUUCUGAGAAACCUACUGAACCUCUUGAUGAUAAUUUAAUUGGAACAGCCCGAAGAAAGAGAACAAUAUUUACCAUAUUUGUAGGUUAUAAUGAUCCGACCCCUAAUGGACCCAUGGAAGGAGCUAGUACAGCUUUACACAGUAAGAUAAAAAACCUCAGUGAAGCCAAACAAAUCGUACAAGAGUUAUUUGAGAAGAGACCUGUCUGGUCGAAGAAUGGGUUACGAUGUCAUCUAGAUCAGAAAUACUUAGCAAGACUCAAGUUUGUUUUACCGCUUGUAUCCUAUUUCAUGACGACAGGUCCGUGGAGAAGUUUGUGGGUGAAGUUUGGAUACGAUCCCCGGAAAGAUCCAGCGGCUAAAAAAUACCAGACGUUAGAUUUCAGACGCAAACAGAGGGGAGCUGGUGAUAGAAUGCCUAUUGGUCAUAAACGAAGUAGUUAUAGCUAUUCUCUACCCACAACUGUUAAUAAACCACGAUCUACCAUAGCUCAGAUAUCAACCGCACAUCUUGAUGGUAGUGAGGUCGAGAAAAAAGAACCAUCAGCUUUUCUUGAAAGUACAUACAGAUUCCGUCCCGAUGUUUUACCACCAUAUCGUCAAAUGUUUUAUCAGAUGUGUGAUAUAGAAGAUGAGAAAGUUCAAACCCUCCUUAAUCAAAAUAAUAAUCAAGAAACAGUUUGUACUGAGAAGGAGGGAUGGUGUAUACCAGAUUUCUAUGAAUUAGCUAGAGAUAUAUUAUACCAACAUGUAGAAAAUAUCAUCUGUAAAACGUCAUUUCCUUUACCACCUGAUGGUACAAGACGAUCAAGACACGUGGUCGCUAAGAUGAGAGAAAUACAGUUAUUAGAGGCCGCAUCAGAAGAUGACGGGGAGGGCGAGGAACAGGGUGAUGAUACUGGGGAUGGGGAGGGCAUGGAGGAAGAUGAUGAAAAUGAUACGAAUUCAGAAUUAAUGGAUUGUGUGUGAAUAUAAAGUUUAUUGUUGGAGAAAAUAAAAUAAUGAAUUAUUAAAGUUGAAGAAAGAUUCAUGACACAAUGUUUAAUACAACAAUCACAAGAGAUUGCUGAACAGAAUUAAUAGAUAAAUGAUGACGGAAUCUUCUCAUUGUGGUGUCGGGGUGCAUCCCGUGCAAUGAUUGUGUAAUCUUGUCAUUGUUGUGUUGAGGUGCAUUAAUUGUGGAAUGUUGUCAUUGCAUCACAUGCAAUGAUUGUGGAAUGUUGUCAUUGUGGUGUCGAGGUGCAUAAUAAUAAAUAAUGGUGCAUUAAUUGUGGAAUCUUGUCAUCACGGUGUCGAGGUGCAAUGAUUGUGGAAUCUUGCCAUUGUGGUGUCGAGAUGCAUCCUGUGCAAUGACAGUGGAAUCUUGCCAUUGUGGUGUUGAGGUGCAUUUAUUGUGAAAUCUUGUCACUGAGGUGUUGCCGUGCAUCCCAUGCAAUGAUUGUACAGUCAUGAUAGGUAGCUGGAUCCUGUGGUGUCGUGAAUCCUAGCCUAGUUUGUCACCGUUAAACACUGAAUGACUGUAUAGUUUUGAAAUCGAGCUGCACCUUGUGCUGUUUUGAAUUCAAGUCAAUUGUAUUG